AUGGGAUUACUGCUAAGAGUCUGCAAACCUUCAUACCAUCGAUAUGCAAUAGACGCCACAUCUCAAGUGAUUACAGAAUCUGACUCUCUUCCAGAAACUGUAAUUUAUUUUGAGAAAGCAACAACAGAAUAUCCUGUACGUGAUUAUUUAUCACCGCCGUCGUCUUUUUUUGGAGUUGAUUCGGAUUCGGAAUUAAAAUCGGAUGACGGAGACCGAAUACCAAUAUUACAACAACAAUCUCUUUUAGAACAACAAUACACACAACAGAUUGAGGAUGAAGAAAGAGCACGUAGACGUCGUCAAUUAGUUCGUGAAAGACGUCGUAGAUUACUUGAAAGACGUCGUAGAUUACGUGAAAGACGUCGUAGAUUACGCGAAAGAAGGCGUAGACUUCAGCGCGGGCAAACUGGAAUUUAA